AUGUCCCGCAAGAAAGUAAAAGUUGACACUGUCGAGGGAGAUGCCGCCGCUGCCGAUGAUCGUCUUAGUGCCCUCCCGGACGACCUCCUCCACAAGGUCAUGUCGUUCCUGAGGGCGUGGGAGGUGGCUCGCACCUGCGUGCUCUCGCGCCGCUGGCGCAACCUCUGGGCUUCCGCGCCCUGCGUCGACCUCCGGGUCUGUUGCAAACACCGUCACCGCUGGCUCCCUCUGCGCCUCACCAGGUUCGCCAACCACUUCUUGCUCCUGCGCGAGGUGUCUGCGCCGUUGCACACGCUCCGGCUCCUGUCCACCGCCGACCUUAACGGUACUCCUACGCUCCCGUACAGCCCCAAAUACGACGAGGACGGGGAGGAUUACUGCUCUACGGAUGUCGAGAUGUGGAUCCGUGCUGCCAUAAACCGCGGGGCUCGCUUUAUCCAGCUUAGUAAACAUCCAAGGCAGGAUGACUUAUCUGACCUUGAGUCCGUGCCCCUCAUCUCCUGCCACCUCAAACACCUGCACCUAUCGGGUACAAUGUUGUACGACAGGACACUAAGGCAGCUCUGUUGUCAGUGCCCUUCUUUGGAAAUCCUGGAGCUCAAGGAGUGCCACUUGGAUGGCCCCCAGAUAUCAUCUACCUCACUUAUCAGUUUGACCAUGGUCGACUGCAGGAUCAGGACAGAACUCUCCAUCGCUGCUCCAAACCUCGUAUCACUGCGCUGUGUCAAUCCGUACCACCAUGCUCCCUCAUUCGAAAACAUGGGGACUCUGGCCACGGCCACCAUCACGCUUAAGGACUCUUUCUUGCAUGAUAAGUUUGAAGACAGGUACAUUGAACCCGAUCCAGAAGUGUUUGAGUGUGACAGCAGCAGUGACCGUGAAUCAGAUGAUGAUAGUGAUGCUGAUAGCAAUUUGAGUGAAGAAUUCUAUGGUGAUGAAGUUUUAGGUGGCCAAAAUGUUAUCCGCAGCCUUUCAAAUGCUACAAGUUUGGAGCUGAUAGCUGAUGUCGGAGAGUUGAUUCUGAAUAGGGAAAUGGAAAUGUGCCCAAUUUUUAGCAACCUAAAGGUGUUAACCCUUGGUGAAUGGUGUAUGGCUGAUGACUUCCAUCCAUUAGUCUUGUUCCUGCAGCAUGCUCCAAAUCUGGAGAGGCUUUUUCUUAAACUUAAAGUGGAUCAUGAGGAAAUAGAAGACGAUAUCAAACCAGAGGGUAGAUCGUUUGUUUGCAAAAACCUUGCGACGGUCGAGAUAAAAUGUCCCAAGGAUGAUGAAAGAGUUCAUGUGUUAGCACAUUUCUUCGUGGCUAAUGGCAUAGCCAUGGAAAAGAUAUCUGUCUAUCACCGUCCGACUCGCCAAACUUGCAAAUCCUUGGCCUUAAGAUGGGGCUGAUGAGUAGAACCUACAGUUUUGGCGAUGAUCCUCUCACACGGCACAGAUCAUGGCUGCAGAAUUAAACAGAGCUGCUGAUGCUUCUUGUGCGUAUCUCUGAAGUCUGAACCAUGUGUGGGCCGUGUGGCUACAUGAAACCCAUAAAAAGUCAAGAUUGUUUUUGUCGCGUUACGAGUUAACAUUAUUAUAUAUAGUCAACAUUAAUUCGUACUUAGACAAGUACUAUGAAAAUGAUGUUACCAUGGUAUUAUAUCCUAGUUA